AUGAAGGCAGACAGCAGUUCAUCCAGCGCUCAACAUGCCGUCUACAGCCAUGAGUUUUCAUCUGGAAUUAGUUUCGUGGAACAAAACGACUGUGGUCGUCGCCUUACUCGUCCCGACAAGGAAGGAUCUCGCGAAAAUCGAUUAGAACUACUGCCUAGCGUAGCGGAGGCCUCUCAUAGUUACAGAAGGGCGCUGAUAGUGCCUCACGUGACUAUCACCAGGCUGUGCACAAAAAAACCUAGAUAUUUGAGCUCCUUGUCACCGAUUCAAGAGAAUACCACAAGCGUAAAGAGAGUAUUGAAUGACAAGGUUCACCAUUUACCUCUGGAUAUGGCGGUUGGAGAAGACACGAGACACGUUCAGGAAGCUGCGCGUCCUGUCGACGCCUUGAACCAAUGCGAUGCCACAACAUUGGAAAGAGAUCCUAAUGUCACUGGCAUAGAGUAG